GACGAUGACAGCGCGCGAACUUCACAGUGAAUGUCAGUACUGUCUACUGUGUUUUGCAUAAUGUUAAAGAAACUCCUAAAACCAAAUGGCUGAUACGUUUUUUGGAUUUGACACGACUAUAAACCAUGGGGAUCAUUUAUUGGGGACCGACGAAUUGGAUUGUAUCGAAACGGAAGAAGAGGAAUAUGAUGCCCUUAACGACGAAACAUUCGGCACAUUAGAAGACGAUAAUAACCUAGAAGACUGGGAACAACAACACGAACAAUUAGCUGAAAUAGCGGAAAGUUCCAGACAAUUAGAGAACUCUUUAAACCAAUUGGUUUUGGACGACGAUGAUUUCCCGAUUACGGAGAAAGAAAACGCGUGGAGCUACAACAAAGGAGGUGGUUUGGGGCGAAACGGAGAGGUGAUCGACAAUGCGGUUCAAAAAGUUCAAAGUUUAUACCCGGAAAUUAAAGCCACAAAGCAACCAACCCCAAUUGGACCAGUUACGAAAAAAAUAUGCACCGUGGAGGAGUUAGAGAGGGGGUUAAUGACACCGAGGCCCCAAAAACCGUUUCAAGCGUCCCAAAAUUUCCCAAACCCUCAAGUUAUACAUCAUCCGUUGUUUCCAGCGCAACCAAUUCCAAGAAUACCGCCUGGUUUGCAUCCAAUGAAUUUGGCAGGACCCCCGUUAAGGAAUAUCCCCCCAAUGGGGAUGCCCAAUUCGUUUCCAAUGAUGCUACCUUAUCCCCCAGGGUUAGGACCAGGGCAAAUGCAUCCACAUAGAAUGAUGCAACAUGGAAGUGGACCUUUUCCGGUGACUCAUCCAUUUAAUUAUCCUAAAAACCUUACAACUCCAAUACUCCGCCCUGGAAACCAACAACAACCGCAACAACGAGGCGUUUUUCCACUUCAAAAUCAACCCCCACAACAACAACAACAACAAGCGCAACAACCGAGGCAACAAAUUAAUGCGCAGCAACAACGACCAGCUAAAUCAGAGGUUGUAAAGGACGAAUACGCCGGUUUGAUGACAAACCGAGAAAAACAAUGGCUCCUAAACAUCCAAUUAUUACAAUUAAACACGGGAACUCCAUAUUUCGACGAUUACUAUUACACCGUUUAUAAAAGUCGGAAUAAAAAUAAAAGCGAAAACAAAACGAACCAAGAAAAUAAAAGCAAUUAUUACCAAUAUCAACAAAACAAUAACAACAACAUGAAUAAUAAACGAGGUGGAGGUGGUAAUAAUCACCACAAUAACUCGAGGGAACGUCACGACUCAACAAGCAGUGGAAGUUCGAUUCUUCAAGCUCGAGUUUACACCCCUUUGCAGUUUGAAAAUUCCCUUGGGAAAUUACAAUGCGGAUCGGUUACCGCUCCAAGAAAAAUCAUCGAUACCGAUGUUGUUACGUUAGAUAACGGCCAAGACGCGAAUAACUCCACAAUUCAAACGAACGCGAAAGAUACGAGAAAAACGAAGCAAGUUCUUUUAGAAAUCGAAGCUUUUUACGCUUUGUUAUUAAAAAUGGAGGAUUUACGCAAUCCCGUCGCGAUAACGAACACGGAAAAAUUGAGAGAGUUGAAACAAAAACAACGAUUGAGGGAGUUAGAAGCCGCGCAAACUCCGGAACAAAAACAAGAAGUCUUUAAAUUGUUGCAGAAAGAAAGUGUCCCUGUUGAAGAGAAUCCCAAUGAUUAUUUGAUGAAAUUAGUCACCGGAUUGAGUCAAGAUGAUAAAUUCAUUGCGUUUUUUAGUGUGAGGAAAGGCAAAGGGUUAUUGUUGAGAGUUUUACCAUAUUUAACGCAAGAAACUUAUUCGAGUCACUUAUUGGAUUUGUGGAUUAAAAUUUUAUUGAGCAUUCCUAUAAUCGGGAGGAGAGACGCGAUCGGGGAUAACAUGUUGCCCAAAUUACAUCCAUUUUUUAAACGAUACGUUCAAAUGUGUACUAUGUCCGAUAUCGUCGAUAUUAUUGCGAGCAUUUCCGAAACUGUUAAACAAGACCAAAACAGUCGUAGUACGCCGUUACAUCAUCAGGGGAAGGCUCCUUUAUACUUUAUAAUUGGAAAUAAGUUGGGUAUUUCAACCGUUGCUAUGUUGGUGGUUCGUACGGAAUAUUUGUUAUCAUCGGAUAACGUAACGGAAAAACAAAAAGAGACGUGGUUUAAUUUUUUGAUCACUUUGGUGGAUCUUUUGAGUUCGGCGGUGAAUGUGGCUCAUCCUAUGGACCCGGUACCACUUCACAUCCUCUUUAAACACUUAAAAAGGGUGCCCUUUUUGACCCCCGAACAAAUCGCCCAGCUUGAAAGUAAAAUCGCUGACGAUUAAAAGUAAGUUCAUUAUUACUUUGUCAACAACAACAAAAAGGAUAUUUGUUUUAUUUUAUUUUAUUGUCGAUUUCGGUUUUAAAAGAACGUUUUUGUGCAGGGUGUUUAUUUAUUUAUUGGAAAAUCUAAAAAUCUUUGGGGAUUUUUCGAUAUUAAAUGACACAUCUGUGUGUGUAUAUAGAUAUUUUAUAUACGACUCGUUAUUUUUUUUUUUUUCUAUUAAAAAGGAGAGAAAAGUUAUUGAUUUUUCGAUUUUCUCUGCAACUAAA